CCGUCAAAUCAUGACAUUACGGAAAGUGAAGGGAAACUUUGACCGCAUUUUCGACAAAAACCUGUCGGAUCUGGUCAGAGGUAUCCGUAAUAACAAGGAUAAUGAGAUCAAAGAGGAGUUAAGACAGGACAGCAUUUCAGUGAAAGCCAAUGCCGUCGCCAAACUCAACUAUCUCCAAAUGAUAGGCUAUGACAUCAGUUGGUCCGCCUUUAAUAUCAUUGAAGUGAUGUCUUCGCAGAAGUUUACGUAUAAGCGGCCUCUCAAUGCUUUCACGAGAACACAGAGUCAAAUCAUGACAUUACGGAAAGUGAAGGGAAACUUUGACCGCAUUUUCGACAAAAACCUGUCGGAUCUGGUCAGAGGUAUCCGUAAUAACAAGGAUAAUGAGAUCAAAGAGGAGUUAAGACAAGAAAGCAUUUCAGUGAAAGCCAAUGCCGUCGCCAAACUCAACUAUCUCCAAAUGAUAGGCUAUGACAUCAGUUGGUCCGCCUUUAAUAUCAUUGAAGUGAUGUCUUCGCAGAAGUUCACGUAUAAGAGAAUCGGAUAUUUAGCGGCCUCUCAAUGCUUUCACGAGAACACAGAAGUCUUGAUGUUAACCACGAAUAUGAUCCGAAAGGACCUGAACAGUCAGAACAUGUACGACGCCGGCUGUGCGAUGAGUGGUUUGUCGUGUUUCGUGUCCACAGACAUCAGCCGAGAUCUGGCCAAUGAUGUGCUCACUCUCUUGACGUCAACCAAACCCUAUUUACGUAAGAAAGCGGUUCUACUUAUGUAUAAGAUUUUCCUCAAAUUCCCGGAAGCAUUAAAACCCGCGUUUCCGAGGCUUAAGGAGAAACUAGAAGACCCCGACCCCGGAGUUCAAUCGGCGGCCGUGAAUGUGAUCUGUGAGUUGGCCCGAAAGAACCCAAAGAACUACUUGUCAUUAGCGCCGUUCGGUGCUCUGACCCCACUUGAACCCCGUUUAGGCAGAAAACUCAUAGAACCGCUAACUAAUUUAAUUCACAGCACAUCUGCAAUGUCUUUACUAUACGAGUGUAUAAACACUGUGAUCGCUGUCUUAAUAUCCAUAUCCAGUGGUUUACCCAAUCAUAACGCGUCUAUUCAGCUCUGCGUCCAAAAGCUCCGAAUUUUGAUCGAAGAUUCCGAUCAAAACCUCAAAUAUUUAGGACUUCUGGCGAUGAGUAAGAUCUUGAAGACUCACCCGAAGAGCGUUCAGGCGCACAAAGACCUGGUGCUCACCUGUCUUGACGACAAGGACGAGUCCAUCAGAUUAAGAGCUCUCGACUUACUGUACGGAAUGGUUACCAAAAAGAAUUUGAUGGAAAUCGUGCAGAAAUUGUUGGUUAAUGUGAAUGAAAGUCAAAUGGGAAACAAAUAUAGAGAU